AUGGUCAAAUUCACUCUCUUGCUCGCUUUCGUCGGUUUGGCAGCUGCCGCUCCAUUCAAGCUCAACAACGGCUUCCCAAACCCAUCACCAUCUGCAAUCGCACAAAUCGAAAAAGAAGCAGGCGGUACAUUACCAAACACACCUUUGCCAACAUCACUCAAAGCUAAUGCCGUUCAAAGUUUACAAGUUAUCGCCGUAAAUGAAAUCUUUGAAGCUGCUUACUUCUCAUCUUUAUUGCACAACGUUACCCAUAACGUAGAUGGUUAUACCGACUUUGAUGGUUUAAGUCGUGAUUACGUUAUCAAAUCAUUAACACAAAUUCGUGCACAAGAAGAAAUGCAUGCUCUUGGUGCAAAUGCAAUUUUGAAGAGUGCAGGUGCAAAGACGAUUGGUUCAUGUAAUUAUAUGUUCCCAGUUACAGAUUUCAAGAGCGCAAUCACACUUGCUGCAACUUUCACAGAUUUGGUUUUGGGUACUUUGCAAAACGUUAACCAAGGUUUCGCUUUGGACGGUGGUCAAGCUGCUGAAGGUUUGGUUCCCUUGCUUGAUUCAAUCAUCGGUCAAGAAGGUGAACAAGAUGGUGCUUAUCGUUUAAUUCAACGUAAGGUUCCUUCUGCCGCACCUUUCUUGACUGCUGCUGCCGGUCAAUUUGCUUUCAACGCAGUCGAUCAAUUGUUCAUCGUUCCAAACUCUUGCCCUUCAUCUUCAAACGUUUCAGCAAUCGGUAUUCCAGCAUUCAAGACUUUGACUUUGGCCACUUCAUCCGAAAAGCCAUGCAGUACAAAGGACACCACUUUGACAUUCAAGACAUCCGAAAGCAGUGUUAACGGUAAGCACAUUGCUUAUAUCUCUGGUCAAAACAAGCCAGUCGUCGUUCCAGUUGAAUCAGUCAACGGAAUGGAAUUCAAAGCAAGCUUCCCAUUCACCAAAGGAUUCUCAAAGGGUUUGACUGUUGCCGCUCUCGUUAACUCUGCCGGUCCAUUCAUGAACGCAGCAGAAGUUGCCAACUCCACUGUUGCCGGUCCAGGUUUGAUCGAAGUUGAUUAA